AUGGAUAUGGAUUCAUUCCUCAAUAAAGGGAUAAAGCAUGAGCCCAGCCCUACUGCUCUAGCCUACCGCGCAAGGAGAAAGAAGCCACCCACGGAUUUCGCAUUUUCGCAGUCAGAUUCAAUUCCACCUUCAUCAAAAUGGGGUUUAGGCGGCACUCCUCGUUUUACUUCUUCCAAUGCUUAUAAUCACCUUCGUUCUAAGCCUGGUUUUUCGAAAGAAAUGUUAGCUCUAACCGCUGUUCCACCUGUUCCUAGGGUGGAACAAAAGGUCGGCUGA